CGGAGCAGCUCCCUCUUCCGUGGUCGUGUUGCAUCCUAAGUGCGCUUUCUACUUCUAUCUUCUUUUCCCGCUUACGCCGCAAAGCCUUGCCGCGCUGUUCAUCUUCCUUGCCCAGUCUGUACAGAAUGUCGCGCGUCUGUCGAGCUUCUCUUCCUGCCGUGCCCGCGGUGGCAUCUGUGGCCAUGAUGAGAGGGCUUUUGGUCGGAGGCCCUUGCGCAAUUGCGUGCGGUCUCUGUGCUUCUGGGUGAGGCAUUACAGGCCAUGCCCGAUGCGUCUCAGCAAGCUUUUCCAACCGUGUUUUUUUGAAAACUGAGGCAUUUUGAAUUCAGUUUGAAUUCAGUUCGAAAUCGAAUUACACGACGGCACGGCCAGAGUUAAAAGACACUAUACGUUGUAAGACAUUGUGUUGACAAGUCCAACAAAGAUAAAUCAAAUGAAGCUCACGCUUCUCUGCUGAAACCUUCGCCACGGGAAUUUGUUCUUCCACGGCCGGAAUCUCGAGUGAACGAUCACCAAUUUCUUCGACAAGAUCGAUUAAAAAGAGAUCUCGGAGUCGCUAAAAGACAAUAUAAAUCAAUGGAAAUUUGUUUGUAGCUGAUCAAAGUCAAACGGGCGAGGAGGAUGAAAUCUGGUGCACCACUAGGCACUAUGAUUGGUAGUCCUCCACCCUAAACCCAAUCUGAUGCAGCUCCACACGACGCUAUCACUAUGUUUGUUCCACUUUGUUGGUACGUGACGUUCUCGCUGCUUUGUCCAGUGUUGUUGUUCAUCUUCGAUGUGUUUAUUCGUUCAUCUUCGCUGUUCGCGCCCUUCAUGUCUUUGCGAAGAGGUGGGCUCACCGAAUUGAGUGGGUGUCUUGAUCUAUAGUGAUCCUGGUUUUUCGUUUUCCUUGGGAUGAAGAACAGGUUGGUGCAUUAUUUCACCCCGAUAGUUGCAUGCAGUGUGUUUCUCUUUUAAAUCUCUCCUGCUCGGCCUCGCAAAAAUAAACGUCGAAGUUUCGUUUUUGCACUGAAAAAACGGCACCGAAA